CUUUUGCCUGGUUAGCAUGGGGCAUCGCACUCUGUCCUCCGUCCCGGCCCUCUGGGCCUCCAUCCCAUGUCCACGCUCCGAGCUGCGCCUGGACUUGGUUCUAGCUUCUGGACAGUCCUUCCGGUGUUCGACUCCUACAACAGGAUCCCAUCGAGUGCCUUUUCUCCUUCAUCUGUUCCUCCAACAACAACAUUGCUCGCAUCACUGGCAUGGUGGAGCGGCUCUGCCAAGCCUUCGGACCUCGGCUCAUCCAGCUCGAUGAUGUCACCUACCAUGGCUUCCCCAGCCUGCAGGCCCUGGCUGGGCCAGAGGUGGAGGCUAAGCUCAGGAAGCUGGGCCUUGGGUACCGUGCCCGCUAUGUGAAUGCCAGUGCCCGAGCCAUCCUUGAAGAACAGGGGGGGUUGCCCUGGCUGCAGCAGCUGCGCAAGGCCUCCUAUGAAGAUGCCCACAAGGCCCUCUGCACCCUGCCUGGAGUGGGCACCAAGGUGGCCGACUGCAUCUGCUUGAUGGCCCUAGACAAGCCCCAGGCCGUGCCCGUGGAUGUCCACGUGUGGCAGAUUGCCCAACGUGACUACAGUUGGCACCCCACAACAACCCAAGGCAAGGGUCCAAGCCCCCAGGCCAACAAGGAACUAGGAAACUUUUUCCGGAGCUUGUGGGGACCUUAUGCUGGCUGGGCCCAAGCAACUCUUCCCCCUGCCCCCAGGUGCUGUUCAGUGCUGACCUACGCCAGCCCCACCAAGAGCCACCAGCAAAGCGUAGAAAGAGAUCCACAGGGCCCGAAGUCUAGGUGGGGGGCACAGGACAAAGGGAUUCUCCCAAUACCUUUUCCCUCCAUUCCCCAUACUCUCCUCCAUCCAGACUCAUGUGGGGAAGGGGGCUCCAUGCAACUACCUCAGGGGUCAGACACCCUCAAACCAAGCAGUUUGCAUAACAGUGUGGGGUGGGGGCAUUAUCUCGGGAGACAAAGCUACCUUUGGUUUUAUCCUCUUCCCUUUAUUACAAGAAGGAACAAUAAAAUAGAAACAUUUGUAUGGAAAAUGCAGUGGGGAAGUGGUAGGAAAAGGGGUGGGGUUGGGUGGAACAGGGUAACCCCAGUUGAAGGAGAGAAGGGGAGCAGUCUGCCCCCAAUCUCUCACACACAGGGGAUCCUGACCCUGGAUCCAGGGACCUAGAGCUGGGGGGACAGCCUGGAGGACAUUUCCGGGCCCGGCUCCACACAGCAGUCUCGACAGCAGCAGCCAGCCACUGGCCCUACAUGGGGAGAGAACAGACUUGGCUGUAGAAGCAGACCCUCCACUCCAGCCUGGGUGCCUCUUCAUGGACCACCCAUACCCUUCCACAGAGUCCUGGUCCUCACCCCCAGCUGCUGGUGUCAGCAGCUCCCCGUGGCUCGCCGUCGGUCCCUGCCCCUCCUGGCUGGUGCCCAGCUGUAGCUUCCUCAUGUGCCGCACCACAGCCGUGGCAUUGAAGGCUUGCUGUGGGAAGAGGGGGGAGAAGGGACUUUUGAGAGAGUGGGAGAUCAUGGGGCAGGGUCUGGUGGUGGGAUUCUUGCAGUGGUUCUGUUAUUUUCAGGUGUUAUUGAUUGAUCCCCUAAAACCACCUGAAAUAUCUGCAAGCCUUUAUUAAAUUAUAUUCAGCCAUAUUACGUAUUUACACACACAUAUACACACAUAUAUAAAAAGUAUAUAAACAGAUAUGUAACUUUUAUAUAUAAUUCAUUCACAUAAUAACAAACACAAUAUAGCAUAUUUCAGGCAUCGUUCUAAACACUUUACAUAGUAAUUCAUUUAAUAUUCAUGGAAAUCUUUGAGGUGAGCACUAUUAGUGUCAUCAUUGUCAAAGGAGGAAACUGAGGCACAGAGAGGUUAAGUAACUUUCCCAGGUGUGUAUAUAUCAUUACUUAACAUAUCCCCUGAGAUGUCUCCAUAAAUCCCUCAAAUUCACAUGUCCAAAACCAAAGUAAUCCCCUAAGACAAGUAUCAGGCCAGCCCUUGACAUCUCUCACAUCAAUAUCCAUCCUACCAUCACUUCUUGUCAAUCCCACCUCCUAAUUGACUCCUGGACCAACCACUGUUCUCUGUUCCUGUUGCCUCUGCUCUGGUCCAGCCCUCACUGUCUCCGGCCUGCCUCUCUGCCACAUCCUCCUAAGGGGUCUCCAAGCCUUCUCUCUGUGCCUCUCUCUGCAUCCUGAGAGCCCUUUCUAAAGGGCAAAUUCCUGCUGAAAAUCCUUCUAGGGCUCCUCAGCAUCAUUAGGAUCAAGUCAGUGUUCCACUGUGGCAUUUGAGACCCUAAGCAGCCUGGGCCUGCAUCUCCAGCCUGGGCCCCACAUCCCAGAAGCCUUCACUGUCCCCCAAAGCCCUUCCAGUACAGCCACGCUUAGCACUGGCACUUCCUUGAAUGUCUUCACUUUUGCUUGUUCUUGGCCCUUUGUGCAUUGGUUCCCUCUGCCUUAGACAUUAUUCUACUAUGCCUAGCCAAUUCCUACUCAGCUGUAGGUCUAUAAGGCCAUCAUCACCUUUUUAUGCCCUUCCAGGACCCUGUAGGUUGGAUUAGAUGUCUCCUUAAGAAUUAUAUACU